AUGGACUAUGGAAGCUUGAAGGUCACCGACCUGAAGGCUGAACUGAAGAAGCGUGGUAUCCCGCAGACAGGAUUGCGAGUGAAGCAGAAUUUUAUCGACCGGCUUAUCCAAGACGACAAUGAGCGCGCUGGUACCUCGUCUGAGACCCCAGCUGAGCCAGUUGAGCCAGCACCGGCGCCGGCACAGCAGCCGACAAACGCGGCAUAUCAAGAACCACCACCCGAACCUCCUCAAGCUCCGGUGCCCCAAGCAGCGCAAUUGCCAUCGAAACCGGUAGAGGAGCCUCCUGCGCAGCAGAUCUUGACGACUGAAGUACAGCAGACCGUUGUACCGGAGUCAGCUCCUGCGCCUGUUCCUACACAAAAGGUUACUAGCAUUUCACAGCUUAUUGAACCAGUGUCGGCUCCCCCUGUCGCCCAAGCACCUGUACCUACGCCGAAACCUGCGGUAGCAGAGACUGUGCCUGCUCCAGUGACGGAAUUGGCAGUGGAAGAUGUUACUCCCGCGCUGGCUGCCCCCGCACCCGAACCAGAACCCGUUAAAGAGCCUGUCCAAGAGCCGGUUAAAGACGAAAGCGUGAAUAAAUCACCGUCCGCGGAUAUAGAGGCUAUAAGGGAAGAUACGGAUGAGUCGAGGAAACGGAAACGGCGAAGUCAAACUCCUCCUCCUUCCCCCAGGAGCAUCGCACUGAAGAAAGCGAGACUCGAGGAGGAGCAGCAACAAUCUCGGUCCACACAGGAAGAGAUCAAAGGCGAGGAGCGCAAGGAAGAGCAAGAGGCGCUUGCUGCGGCGCCGGUGAUUGCUGAACCGCCAGCUCGAGACACAGAUGUGGAAAUGAAAGAGGGUACACCCCCCGCGCCGGAACCGAAGCAAGAGGCCGAAGAGGAUGAGUCUAAGGAUCGGGUAGAAACUCAAGCACCAGGCCAUGAGGAACCUUCGGAUAGAAAUGAAAAACCUCAUGCUCAAAGGAAACCAGUUGGUGAUGCAAGGUUCAAGGAUCUAUUCCCUGCCACGAAUGGGGCUCCCUUGCGUCCCGAGUCGCCUCCUCCUGCUGAAGGAGAUGACCGUAUGGUGUCUCCUGCUUUACACCCAGCUACCACCGCUCUAUAUAUCCGUGACUUCAUGCGGCCAUUGCAGCCCGCAGCACUGAAACGACACCUAUGCUCGCUGGCUGUGCCGCCGAAUUCUUCCCCAGAUCCUGACGUUAUUGUUGAUUUCUUCUUGGACUCCAUCAAAACUCACUGUUUCGCCAGCUUUACAAGCAUUGCAGCUGCUUCUCGGGUUCGAGCCGCCUUGCACGACGCUAUCUGGCCAGAAGAGCGCACCCGCAAACCACUAUGGGCCGACUUCAUCCCAGAAGAGAAAGUGAAAGAAUGGAUAGAAAUUGAAGUGGCGCCCGGAAACAGUGGCCGGGGAGGUCCCCGCUGGGAAGUUACCUAUGAUGAGACCGAGGAUGGUAUAAAAGCAAGACUCCAAGAGGCCUCGUCAAUAACCAGUGGGCCACCUCGUCCCUACGAUUCUAGCCAAGGACGAGAACCACCAACUGGCCCUCGAGCAGACAGAAUGGGCCCCGGAGGCCGUCAGGGAAGUCAACAGAUAGGCCCAUCGGGUAGCAAGAUGCCAGAACACGGCUUUAAAGCUCUUGAUGACAGGUUUCUUUCUACCGUCGCAAAACCGAAGUUGUACUAUCUCCCUGUGGCCCGAGAGGUCUCAUACAGACGCCUCGAUCAGUUUGACGAUCUGGCCAGGGCUGGCCCAGUAUCCAAACGGGGUGGCGAUGAGAUGUUCAGGUACACCUUCGAGGACACUGAUCAGUUCGUCGUUCAAGGGCCAGAGUACGGCUCUCGGCGCGGUGGUAGAGGAAGAGGAGGUGGGCGUGGUGGGCGAGGAGAUUGGGGAAGCAGCUGGAGAGACGGUCCCUGGAGAGGUAGACGAUGA